AUUAUUUCAUAACACCUUCUCUCUGUAUACCAAUCAACAGUCAAAGCUAAGAACAAUCAAGGAUUUCUUAGUGAUUUAUCAUUUAUGUUAAUUUCCAUUGAUUCACCCUAAAAUUCAACUUCUUUGAAGAAAAAAAAAACGCGGCAAUAUAUAUUUCCUUAAUUAUUUGAGCAAAUAUUGUAUGUUUAUCGGAGAAAUUCUGGAUCAAAGAUCAUUUAAAUCCACUUUUUGACUCAUUACCUUUUUCUCUAUUGCUUUUUUUUUUCCUUUGAUGCCAAAAAAGGAAAAUAAUAUAUACUUUUCCUUUGUAUUUUCAUUAUAAUUUGUUGGUAGCAGCAAACAAAUCAUCACAGAAAACCCAACAAAUCUUUUAAUUAGAUCGGGUAUAUUAGGGAUGAUCAAGGGUUCCUUAGUGAUUUAUCAUUUAUGUUAAUUUCGAAGAAAUAACAUUGUUUAGUUGAAAAAUCCCAUCUUUUUUUAAUAAAAUUCAAAUUUCUUUUAAUUUGAAGAAAUAAAUCAAUGAUGGCAUUGUGUUGCUGAAAGAUCCCACCUUUUUUGCAAUAAAAUUCAUUUUUCUCCUAAAAGAUCCAAUUUUGAAGGGUGCCCAGAAUAAUUAGGGUAGAGAUUGAAGAUGGGUAUUGAAGAAAAUGGAGGAGGAAAUAAUGGGUUUUUGAUGGAAAGUGUAGGAUUAAACAAUAUAAAAAAUAAAUACAGGAGAAUGGAUUCACCAGAUUUAUCAGAAUCAGAUAAUGUGAUUUCAGAUUUUGAAGCACAGAAUGUUAGAAAAAGUAGUACUAAGAAAUUUGUUAUGGCUUCUGCUGUAUUUGCUUCUCUCAAUUCUGUUCUCCUUGGCUAUGAUGUUGGAGUGAUGAGCGGGGCAAUUAUAUUCAUUCAAGAGGACUUAAAAAUAUCAGAUGUACAAAUAGAAGUACUUGUCGGAAUCUUAAGCAUCAUUUCGCUAUUAGGUAGUUUAGCUGGCGGAAAAACAUCUGAUGUAAUAGGUAGGAAAUGGACUAUGGCAUUAGCAGCCAUAGUCUUCCAAACCGGUGCUGCUAUAAUGGCAUUAGCACCAAAUUUCGGGGUAUUACUCACAGGAAGGCUCUUUGCCGGAGUAGGAAUUGGGUUCGGUGUCAUGAUAGCUCCUGUCUACAUAGCUGAAAUAGCACCCGCAAUCGCUCGAGGGUCACUAACAUCCUUUCCCGAAAUCUUCAUAAACUUGGGUAUUCUUUUAGGUUACAUCUCGAAUUAUGUUUUUUCAGGGCUUCCCACUCAUAUAAAUUGGAGAAUCAUGCUCGGUGUAGGAAUUCUCCCUUCCGUUUUCAUUGGUGGUGCACUCUUUGUCAUUCCUGAAUCUCCUAGAUGGCUAGUUAUGCAAAAUCGGAUAGAUGAAGCGAGGGUUGUGCUUCAAAAAACUAUCGAUAACGACAAGGAAGUGCACGAGAAAUUAGCUGAUAUACAACAAGCUGCUGGAAACACAAAUGCCGAUAAGUAUGAACAGAAGGCAGUGUGGAAAGAGCUCUUGCAUCCUACUCCGGCUGUUUGGAAGAUGCUAAUUGCUGGGUGUGGAAUUCAGAUUUUCCAACAAAUAACCGGUAUUGAUACCGUUGUAUACUACAGCCCUACUAUAUUUAAAGAUGCCGGGAUCCAAAGUAACUCCGAGCUUCUUGCUGCCACAGUUGCUGUCGGGUUUACAAAAACUUCCACGAUCCUAAUUGCGAUAUUUCUCAUUGAUCAUCUCGGUAGAAAGCCUCUGCUUUAUAUAAGCACAAUAGGGAUGACAACAUGUUUGUUAGGGCUUAGUUUGAGCUUAGCGUUCCUUGAGCAUGAACCAAUCGGUAUCAGAUUGGCUCUGCUGUUUGUUUGUGGAAAUGUGACAUUCUUUUCUGUGGGAAUCGGUCCUAUAUGCUGGGUUUUGUCCUCAGAAAUUUUCCCACUAAGGCUUCGAGCUCAGGCAUCCGGUCUUGGGGCCGUAGGAAGUAGGGUUAGCAGUGGCCUUAUUUCGAUGUCCUUCCUGUCAGUCACACAUGCUAUUACUGUGGCUGGAGCCUUCUUUGGUUUUGCUAUAAUCUCGGCUUUGUCUGUUGUUUUUGUCUAUAAGUGUGUACCCGAAACCAGAGGGAAAACUUUGGAAGAAAUCGAGGUUAUGUUUGAUGAAGAUAAACUACCAGGUGAAAUAGAGCUUAGAGAUACAGUUAGUCUAGUGCCAAAAGAAUCAAAUGGGGGGUAGUUCGAUAUUUUUUGGUCGAGAAUUGAGCAUUCGCAAGUAUAGACUAUACAGUCUACUCGAAACACAGGAGGCUAGGAGAUUCAUUUCUCGAGCUUUGCUGCUGAGUGCCGAGAAACCCAUUUGGUGUCGUUUUAGUAUGGAGGUAAAAUAUGUUAUAUGUAAGUUAUGAACUUUAUUUUUUUCGACACCGCUUAAUCAAGAAUGGUGAUAGGGAGUAUUCAAUCGUCGUGAGCUUGGUUUAUGUAUUAUGUAUGCGGAUUUGAUGUAAAUUGAUACGGAUUAAGAAGAUUUACGCGGUUGAUUUCUUGUACUUCUACACUCUGUGAUAUAGAAAUGUAGUACUGUAUGUGUUCAUACUGUGAAAUUUUGAAGGUCAAACUAGAGACUGAACUUCUGUAAGAUACAUUUUUCACUCCAAAUAGUACUAUCUCUAUUACCAUUUGCCUUAGAAAGUUAGAAGCAGUGAUCAAUAACAUGACAUUGUUUUGCCCUGUAUUUUAGAGUAUGAAAAUGGAAAUAUACAAUUCUGAAUUGACCCCUACUUGAAUAUUGUUUGGUCUUGUAGGGGUUUUAAGCCCAAUACAUGGCAUAAAUUAUCCUUCGUCAUUAUCAUAUUCAGGUCUGGGGUGAGUUGACAAAAUAGAAAAGCAUUCUCUUAUCAAGGAAGAUUGUGUACAUUGAGACCUUCAGCUUAAACCUGCAAAUAAAACAAAUAAAUAUAUGAAAAAGAUUCAGUUGGAGAUGUUUGUUAAUCACUUGUAUAUAAAUGUAUUAGUUUGUUGGAUAACUCAACAAUUCA